GCAGUGAACACUGGUGCAUGGCCGACCUUACGACCUAGUUCAUCAGAUACGGUAUUGCAACACGAUUUCCAACGCAACGGAUAAACAACACCGGGUGAUAACGGGAAGACUGGAUCAGCGAUUUCAAAAUCACCCGGUCGGACUCAAGGACAGCCCAGCUGUGGCCGAGGUAUCAGGACGAACACAUGUGAAGUAAUUCAAAAGCCAGGACAAGUAUUUCAAAAUGGGAUCAGGGGGAAGUAAAAAGUCGAAACCACCCCCGCCGAAGACGGUGCCCGGGGUGCCCCCUCAACCCCCUUAUUUGGGCCAGCCAUGUGAAUACCGCUUCGAAAACUACAUGAUACCAUAUGUGGUUCAGAGCGAUUUUGGGUUCAUGCCCACCCAGGGCAUGACUUUGACUACGCUUGACGUUAGCGUAUACACCGGCGCUCUCGGCUCGCUGUAUGACAUGGGCUUCCGUCUGUUGACGUUCUCUGUGAUCCCUGCGUCAUUGACGGUAAGCGGCUUCGUCACCGCUAACGUCCAACAGACGCACAAAUACCAAGGGAUUUGCCGGAAAUUACCGGACGACGAACUGCCCCAGCAGUGGUCGCUUAAGGUCCUGAAAUCCGUGCUACCAUCUACGGUGUUUACAUACGGGCUCUUUCGCCUCGGCGAUUCUAAUUCUACUGCUGACACCAACCACAUAUUUCAGACUAUAGUCAAUGAGGCAUCUAACGGUGCCAGGCUUGUCUGUGUAACGAUCACGGGUUUUAACUCUCAGAAUGUGAGCCAGCCAGGGGCCACAAGUGCAGCGGCAGGAGCUUUUGGCGGAAACGCUGCCAUGAAUGUCUGCUUUUUUGGACAGAGUCCACAAAUGAUCCUCGGAGUGGACAUUUUUAUGGAGAUUCCAAGAAACCCGACGCCCACCCGAUACGUUUAUCAGUGCGUGACCAUCCCGAUGAAGAUCACGUGGCUCGUGGCUAUGGCGAUGGGUGGAAAAUGGCAGGUAGAGAUGGACUGGGUCGGAGUGACGUCACAAUACUUGGGCUCAGGAUGGAGGCUAGUAGACACGUUCAUGGACCAGAACAAUUCCGCUUUCAGAGAUAAUGCUUUCUUUACUUCCAAAAUGACCAUCAAUCAGAACUGUAUUUUCAUCUUUGAGAAAGAGCAAUCCAAACUGAAUGACAAUACUCCUCAGUACGAGGCUACGAUGGUGGAGUACAACGCCCCCGGUAAAAUGACGGGCGGAAUAGGAACCACCACCGCCACGACUAGCCCGGCAUGGGAACCCGUUCUGGCACACCUUGGCACCUUUGGGUGGGAGCUGGUGAAAAUCUUGGACACGCCUGCUAUGAAAUUUGACGGCAUUGGGGGUUUUGGGUCACUCACAUUCAAGAAGGUGAUGUGGAUGUUCCUCCAGAGGAAGAUUGUGACGUCAGCACCACCGGCUGAAGAGAAAUCUCCACCCGCGCCAGCCGUGCCGAGUUCUUGAACAGCAUUUCACGUUCUGUUGAACAACUAGACUGUGAUAUUCUAUCUAUAUUCUUUUGUUGCAAUCUAUCGAUUUACAUUUCAGGGUUGAUAAUCAAAUUCAUGACGUACUAUUGUUGCCGUGGUUGGAUGGUUAAGAAUUGUGGUUUUUAUUGAUGGACCUUCAAGUUCGUUUUACGUUGUUACAAAUGUGGUCUUCAUAUACAUGUACAUUUAAGCUGUCGUUCAAAUUGGUAUUUUCAAUUAAAUAGGUGAACUGCUUGACAUAAUUUUUAAUCUGAAACGCAUUUCACACUGUCGCGACAUUGAAAACAUUUCUUUUUACAUGUAUACAUGUAUAUAAAUUUUCAGUUCUGCAAUUCAAUUGUCAAACAGUGCGAUGCGAUUGUUUGAGCAUGCACAAAACCCCAACCUUAUUACGUUUCAAAUGUUCGUAAGUCUUACAAAGUUGUUCUCAAGAAAGUUAAAUCUUACUGUGCUUGUACUCAUUUCAAUUAUAUAUUCGGUGUUUUUAAUAGCUUUGUU